GCUCCUGCAGCAACCAUGGUGCACGUUUCGUUUUACCGCAACUAUGGGAAGACGUUCAAGAAGCCUCGUCGUCCGUACGAGAAGGAGAGGCUGGACGCGGAGCUGAAGCUGGUGGGAGAGUACGGACUCAGAUGCAAGAGGGAGCUCUGGAGGGUGCAGUACGCACUCAGCAGGAUCCGCAACAACGCUAGAACUCUCCUUACUCUCGACGAGAAGAACCCUCGCCGGAUCUUCGAAGGUGAGGCUCUCCUCCGAAGGAUGUUCCGUUACGGCCUCCUCGAUGAGACACAGAACAAGCUCGAUUACGUCCUCGCUCUCACCGUCGAGAACUUCCUCGAGCGCCGCCUCCAGACUCUCGUCUUCAAGUCCGGCAUGGCCAAGUCCAUCCACCACGCCAGGGUCCUCAUCCGCCAGCGCCACAUUAGGGUUGGAAGGCAGGUGGUGAACAUCCCUUCAUUCAUGGUCAGGGUUGAUUCCCAGAAGCACAUUGACUUUUCGCUCACAAGUCCGCUUGGCGGUGGCCGUCCUGGAAGAGUGAAGCGAAGGAACCAGAGGGCUGCUGCUAAGAAGGCUUCUGGUGGAGAUGGUGAUGAGGAAGAUGAAGAUUAAGUUAUAUGGAUAUAUCUGUUCUCCCUACUUAGAUCUUUUUCAAGCAUUUCAUUUUCUGUUUCUCUAGACUUGUUAGUUUCCUGCCAUGGUUAACUCUUAUAAUUUUGCAGUCUCUGUUUUUGUUUGAGGAAAAGCCGUGCUGAGAAAGGUUGAGACAUUUUUUGUUUUAAAUUGUUUUUAUUAAUACUAUUUAAGUUUUGUCCCAAA